UUUAUAUCCGCCCCACCGCCACCGCCUCUCUUCACCAUAAUCCAAAACCCAAAUCAAACUUGUUAUUGAUGUGAUUGAUUCAAUCCCUAAUUCCAUGGGCGAGGAAGUGAAGCUCGACGACUCCACCGUCUCCGACUGGGAGGCCGGCCUCCCCUCCGCCGCCGAUCUCACCCCCUUAUCUCAGUCCCUGAUCCCACUCGAAUUAGCCUCCGCCUUCCGAAUCUCCCUCGACCCUCCCCGCACCGCCGUCGACGUCACCCGCGCCUCCCGCUCCACGCUCUCCUCCCUCCGCUCCGCCGCCAAUUCGAAGCCGCUCGCCGACGAUCCCGCGGUUUCCGACGCCGACGACGCGAAGAACAGCUCCGCCGCCGACGCCAAGACGCUGAAGCGCCCGCGCCUCGUGUGGACCCCGCAGCUGCACAAGCGGUUCGUGGACGUGGUGGCGCACCUAGGGCUGAGGAACGCCGUGCCGAAGACGAUUAUGCAGCUGAUGAACGUCGAGGGUUUGACGCGCGAGAACGUCGCCAGCCAUCUCCAGAAAUACCGGCUGUAUGUGAAGCGGAUGCAGGGGCUUUCCAGCGAGGGGCCUUCCCCUUCCGAUCAUCUAUUUGCUUCCACGCCGCUUCCCCCGCAGAGCCUCAAUGAGUCCUCCAGCCGUGGAAACGGAAGCAGUGUAGGGAUGCCGAUGCCGAUUCCGAUGCUACACGGCUACCAUGGACACUAUCAGCAGUAUGGUUAUAAUGGCUAUUCACAGCAUCACAUGGCUCAGAAUAAUAGCAAUUGUUAGACUGAGAAUAAAGCUACGUACAUUCAGAUUUUGCGAAGCUUUGUUAUAAUUCAAGAACAGAAAGCCUUGAUAUAUUGCACCUGAUCUUUUGGAAGAGCAACGACUUAUGGCAUUUGGUGUCUGCAUACCAGAGUAAAAUGGAACGAGUUUCUGUGGGUGCAGUGAAGCUAAAGCUUACCGUCAAAUUAGUCCGGCUUCAUGCAGAAGUUGUUAGUUUUUCUUUAACUUGCUGUACUGAUAAUUGUGUGUUUCUUUGACAAGCAUGGUUUUAUGAGUCUGGUUUCUGAGAGUCAAGUAUUAAUACCAACUUCUCUAGGAGUAAAUCUUACAUUAUAACAGAAAUCAAGUCGUCUUCAUGAUUUUGCAUGCAAAUCUCUUUAUUCUGUGUAUUUUUUGCCUGGUAGAUCUUAUUGCAUGGUUUAAAUGAAGAAGAAUGUUGCUCAGAUAAUGCUUUAUACAGAUUUGUGAGUGAAAGUUGUUAAUCCUUUUUUGUGGCCAUAGUGAAUGAAGAAGAGAGAGAGUUUGUUUAUGGAGCAUGAGCACACCUGGUUUAAGGACCAUCUUAUUUUGAUGCCUGUACUAUUAGUUGAGUUAAUAGUUGAAUGAUUGUGUUUUUUUAUUUUUGUCUUAUAAUUGUUCUGUUACAUUCAGUUCUAAUUUGAAUGGCAAAUUAUGAUUUAGUCCGA